CCUCACUGCGAUAAACCGGGCAGUACGAGGAGUACAUUGCCAACUCUGGUCCUUGCCACGAUAACAAAACUCGAACUUUAAGUCCUGAACUAGGACUUUCAGCGACGUCUCAGUUUUCGCCCUCUCUCCGCCAUGGACACAACGACAUCAGUGACUUUCAGGCUCCUGCUGGUGGUUGGAAGUGCAAGCUUGGGCAGUUGCCUAGGGGAUCAGUGCUCUGUAGUACACUAUCUGGCAGCUGGGGAAAUGCGAUCUUUCCCCUUUCGGUCGGGCAGUCAGUUCAUAGACAACCUGCACUGCAUCUUCAGCUUCUCAGCACCCAUGGAUCAUCAUCUGACAAUCGCAGUGUCUGACCUUGAUAUGGCACCACCCUCAACUGAUAUGAAUGGCAAGACUUCAUGUGUCAACGAUGUGCUCACCAUCUAUGACCUGACUGGUGGACAGUUACAAGCCAUUGGCAGCUGUUGUGGAAACAAUGCUACUGUGAAUCCAAAGUUUGUCCUGUCUUCAAAUGUUGCUGUGGUGAGCUUUGUCUCUAAUGAGAGCUCUACACCACGCAGGUUCACUUUAACACUGGGAGUUGUACAGCAAAUGCAGCAAGUGCAGCAGAAUGGAUCUACUUCUGAAGGACAGAAAGAAGUGGAGACAGGAACAGAAGAAGGACAAGGAAAUGGAGAAGAAGGAGAAGGAAAUGCUGAAGAAGAAGGAACAGGAGAAGAGGAGACCACAACAGAGACUGGUGAAGGAGAAGGAACAGGAGAAGAGGAGACCACAACAGAGACUGGUGAAGGAGAAGAGGAGACUGUGACAGAGACUGGAAAUGGAGAAGGGGAGGAAGAAAGGGAAGGGGAAGGGGAAGGGGAGGGCAAUGAGGAUGAGGAAGCAACUGGUGAGAGUCAGAGGAGGGGCAAAGCUGUGCCAAAGAGCUCAGCCGUAGCUCCAGGUCAAGGGUCAGUCAAUGCUUCAGUUCAGCAAAGAGCCACAAGAAAAGUCAGUAAGCAACAAGAUGUGAGGUGGAAUGCCACAGAUAAACCUAGACAGAAAAGAAUCAAGCAUAAGAAGCGCCAAACAGCACAUACAAAGGUGUCUGCAGUAGGGGCACAUCCUGCCCACAAGAGAGCACGACAGGAAGACAAAGCAGACAGGCCACUUCAACAGCAUACAUCACAACCAUUUGGAGGCAGAACAAAAGCAAACAGGCAACAUCAGCUUCAACCAAGAAGGCAUACACCACGACUACAGCGAAGAAGGCAUACACCACGACUACAGCGAAGAGGACAUUCACUGCAUCCAAAAGGGAACAGCAUACAUCGCAAGAGGAAGCAUGCCAUGCUGCAACAGAACCAGGAGCUGAGAGACACAAAAAAUGAAAAGUGAUGUCAUUCCAUACGAGAAAAAAACAGUAAAAAAAGAAUACAGUUAAUCAAAGAAAAGGGAGUUGGUGGCAAAUCCUCCAAACAUUGUGUGUAGAUGAUGUGGUUGGAGGAAAUACGAGAAAAAAGAUUGGUGUGUGUGUGUGUAACAUAAGUCUAGGUGGUAAAUAUCAGGUGACAUGUAUGUAAAUCGAAGUCUCACUAUAGAGAGUGGAAAACAGCAGAAGUGUGUAGAAAACAAAACUUUUAUUAUUCUUCGCUAGCCACCUGACAGUAACAUUCACUUACAUUGUGCAACUCAGUAGGGAAGAGUAGUACACAGAAAAACAGGUUUUUGUUGAUUUUGUAGAAAUUAUUUCUUAAAGGACAAAAUGGCUGUAUUUAUUCAUUUUUAUUUAUUUAUUUGUCCAUAUUUAAACAUUUGCAUGCAAUUGAUGUCAUGAUGAGUAAUGUACAACAGUUUUUAUAAACUAUGGUUGACAUGUUAAGAAAUAUAACUAUAGUACCAUGCAUAACUAAAGUACACACUGUAAAAGAACAUACAUAAUAAAACAAUGCAGUUGACACAUAAAGAUUUCUCCACAUGGUUAACAGUUAAAUAUGGAACUAAAAAUUGUUAAGUUACUUGCUAAGUUUCACAUAAUAAAAGAACAGCGAACAU